AUGGGAGCCAGGCUGCUCUGGCUGUGCCUCCUCACAGCCCUCCUGGGCUACUACAUCUACAGCCCGCUGCCCGAGGAGCUGGCCCAGCCCGGCACAGUGAUGCUCGUCUCGGCUGCCUUGAGGGCCCUGGGGCACCUGUCGGAGGCGGCAGAGCUGCUGGGGCUGAUGCACUACAUGGAGGGCUUGAGGCUGAUCACGGCUGUCGAGCUCGUCGCUGCCACGUCCGACGAAAACGUCACUGUGACAGACACGGAGUUCAGCGGCGUCCCCGUCCGCCUGUACCUGCCCCGGAGGGCGCCUGGCGGGCUCCGGAGGGCCAUGGUCUACUUCCACGGCGGCGGGUGGUGCCUGGGAGACGCAGGCAUGCACAGCUACGAUUUCAUGUCACGGCGGACUUCAAACGAGCUAAAUGCUGUCGUGGUGUCAGUCAACUACAGGCUGGCCCCUCCGCACCGUUUCCCUGCCCAGUUUGAAGAUGUGUACUCGGUGACCAAGUUCUUCCUCCAGAGCAAGGUCCUGUCCCAGUACGGGGUGGACCCUGCGCGGGUCUGCGUGGCCGGGGACAGCGCCGGGGGCAACCUGGCUGCGGCCGUGGCACAACAGCUGUCGGAGGACCCUGAAGUGAAAACAAAGCUCAAAGCUCAAGUUCUGAUCUACCCAGCUCUGCAGGCGCUGGACCUGGACCUGCCGUCCUACCGAGACAACGCGCACAAGCCGCUGCUGCCCAGGUCGCUGAUGGUCAGGUUCUGGAGCGAGUAUUUCACCUCGGACCCCGCUCUCAGGGAGGCCAUGGCCUCCAACAGCCACGUGCCGGCCGAGGCCGGCCCCCUGCUGCAGUUUGUGAACUGGAGCCGCUGGCUGCCCGCCGAGAUGAGGAAGGCCCACGCGUACGCGGGCCCCGCCGCGGGCGGCGCGGAGCUGGCCCGCAGCUACCCCGGGUUCCUGGACCCGCGCGCGGCCCCGCUGCUGGCCGGCGAGGCCCGGCUGCGCGGCCUGCCCCGGGCCUACAUCCUGACCUGCGAGCACGACGUGCUGCGGGACGACGGCGCCAUGUACGCGGGCCGGCUGCGCGCCGCCGGCGUGCCCGUCACGCACCACCACGCCGACGACGCCUUCCACGGCGCCAUGACCUUCCUCACGUGGCCGCUGGAGCUGGCCGUGGGCCACCGGCUCUUCAGCGCCUGCUUGGGCUGGCUGAGGGAGAACCUGUGAGCGGAAAAUCAGCCCCUGACACGCGCCAGGUGUGACUGGAGCCGUGCUGGAUUUCGGCCGUGAUUGCCGUCCCCUUGCAAUUCCCGCGGUGUUGGGGCUGGAGCGUUUCCCAUCUUGUCUGGCAGGAAAUCAGUCUGAUCCUACCCCACGCGUUCCUCCAGUGCUACCGCCUGAACCUGAAACCCCCAGACUGCCAGGACUGCCCUGGGCUUCCUCUCUGGCCCUGCAGCCCCUGGGAUUCGGUGUCUUGUCUCUUGCUGCUUCUUUCUUCCUGCCACAUCUUCAGCCGGGGCUGUGUGCCGAAGGGCUGGGUCGCUUUGGGCACACGGGAUGUGCUCGUGGCUGCUUUCCUCCUGCCCCUUUGUCUCGGUGGGAUUGGCAGCAGGGCCCCUCGGCUGCCAGGGCUGAUGGGCUGAAGGGAAGCACCGGGAGGCUGCGGGAGGCUCGGGGCAGCCGCAGGGACCUGCCCGUCGCAGGCUGGGCUGGGGCUGCUGUUCCUGCCCUGCCCAGCUUCAGGGGAGCAUUUGGAAACCCAGUGGGAUGGCUGAAAAAUUGUGCAGGUGUUUUGGGCUUUGCUUGUUUGUUUGUUUUGGGGGGC